UUUCGCUCUUUUUUUUUCUUUUUUUACGUUUCACUUUCUUUCUUUUAUUAUUUUGCGAUAUGUCCUCUGAAAAGACAACACAAAAGGAAAGAAACUUUUUAGCCGUGAUUGGAGAUGAGGACUCUGUAACUGGUCUUUUACUGGCUGGUAUUGGACAUGUGAAUCAACAACAAAAACGAAAUUUCCUCGUUGUGGAUGCCAAAACGCCAUUAUCAACCAUUGAAGAACAAUUUGUAGAAUUUACCAAACGAAAGGAUAUUGCUAUCAUCUUGAUCAAUCAACACAUUGCAGAAGAUAUUAGAGAAUUGAUUGAUGGUCAUAAUCAAGCUUUCCCCACUGUACUUGAAAUACCCUCUAAAGAUCACCCUUAUGACCCUGAAAAGGAUAGUGUUUUGAAGCGUGUUCGAAGAUUGUUUGGCGAAUGAUCUGUCAUGUCGAUUCCUUUCUUUCUCACUCUCUAUCUCUCUCACAUACAUCCCCUUGUCGUGAUCUUUUUUUUUUUUUGGUUUUUUUUUAUAUCACUAUUACACCGCUAUGUAGUUAAUUGUUUUGAUUGAUCCCUAUUUGAAAUAAAAUAUAUAUAUAUAUAUAUACCAUUUUUUGGUUUAUUAUCAAGUUUGGCUCUCAAAGACAUUGUAGAUGAUUGCAUGGAUAAA